UAUAAGGAAAGCGCAUAGAAGAAGCGAGGUUUGAACAAGUAAAACCCAAAGACUACACAUCAUCUUUGAACCAACAUCCGUUCUGUUCAAGCUUCGAGACAAGAACCCUAAUUUGUAAUAAUACGAGGAAAGAAGAAGAAGAAGAAAAAAAGCAAAAGAUGUACGUGAGUGCUGAGCCUACCACAGAUCUAAACAAGAACACCGAGUGGUUCACUUAUCCAGGAGUCUGGUCCAUUUAUAUAUUGUUCGUCUUCUUUUCAUGGCUCAUCGUUUUAUCUCUCUUGGGUACCUCUCCUGGAACCGCUUGGACCAUUGUUCAUCUCUCCCAUUUCUUUGUCACGUAUCACUUCUUUCACUGGAAAAAAGGAACACCGUUCGCCGAUGACCAAGGGAUCUACAAUGGUUUGACAUGGUGGGAGCAAAUAGACAAUGGCAAGCAACUCACUCGCAACAGGAAGUUCUUGACCGUUGUACCUCUUGUGCUGUAUCUUAUCGCCUCGCACACAACGAAUUAUCUAAGCCCGGUGCUUUUCUUAAACACUGUGGCCGUUGUUGUGCUGGUGGUCGCGAAGUUCCCCAACAUGCACAAAGUCCGAAUAUUCGGAAUCAAUGGUGAUCAUUGAACUGUGAAGGAAUUCAUGUCUGAUUUUCUAGUACUGGAUUUGCAUUAUCUUAUUUUUCUGUAAUGAAAUCAGUACAUAUACCUCCCUUAAUUACAGGGAAAAGUACAUUCAUAUA